AUGACAAAGAACUCGUGGUUACCCACCAGGGCCCAGUAUCGUAUCAGGGACAAUGUGUGCUCCGCAGGACAGGCGCCCUGGCCUCAAAGAGGGGCCCUUCUUUUAAUGGCUUGCAUCAGAAACGUGGAUAAUCGAUCUCUCAGCCCCCGCUUGCUUCCACUCUCUCUCUCUCUCUCUCUUUCUCUCUCGUUCGGCCCACAAGGGCCAUGUGGGCUUCGGCCACAAAUUGAACAAUGUCAAAAAUAG